CUUUCCUUUUUCUGUUUUCCCAGACAUAUAUCUAUAUAACCAUGGAUUACAACAAUUUAUUUAACGUGCAAGGAAAGGUUGUUUUAGUGACUGGAGGUUCUCGAGGUAUUGGAGAAAUGAUUGCCACUGGAUUCGUCUCUGCUGGUGCCAGGGUUUAUAUUUCUAGUCGAUCCAUCAAAGCCUGUGAAAAAGUCGCCACUGAAUUAAAUCAGAAAGGUCCUGGCCAGUGUUUUGCCAUACCAGCCGACCUUGCCAAACUAGAUGAAGUACAUCGAUUAGUAGCCGAGUUACAAAAGAGAGAAACACAUUUGGAUGUGUUGGUAAAUAACGCAGGUGCGACUUGGGGUGAGAGCUUUCAAGAGUAUCCAGAUGAAGCAUUUGACAAGGUCCUCACCUUAAAUUUGAAAAGAGUCUUUUCUUUGACUCAAGCAUGUUAUGAAUUAUUGACUGCAAAGGCCUCUACUUCCAACCCAUCUAGUGUGAUUAAUAUUGGAUCUGUUGAUGGACUUAGACCUCCUCCUCAAGAAACAUAUGCUUAUUCUGCCUCUAAAGCGGGUCUCCAUCAAUUAACUCGUCAUUUGGCCGGUAAAUUAGGUGAGGAUGGUAUCCUGGUGAAUACAAUUGCACCAGGGGCUUUCCCAUCCAAAAUGAUGAAGGCUACUUUAGAUGCGUUUGGAGAUAUUAUCGUUGCCAAGGUACCCGUUGGACGAAUUGGAUCUCCUGAAGAUAUUGCUGGUACCUGUAUCUAUCUUUCUUCUCGUGCUGGACAAUAUACUAACGGAGCUUUGAUUACUGUGGAUGGUGGUGUUACUGUCAAUACUCUCUCAAAGAUAUAAAGAACAUGUGCAUACGAUUUUUUUUUUUUUAUAAACCUUUAUUUACUUUUUUUUUUACUACCAUUGACUGUUAUCUGUGACGAAAUCCCAUCCGUUACAUUUCAUGACAUCUUCCAAAUACUUGAUUCGUUUUUUAUAUUCAUUUUCUUUUGCGUUCAAGCUUCUCUUUUCAGCUUCCAAUACAGCAUUAUUGAGUGUCAGUUUUGCAUUUUCUGCCUGCAAAUUGGUGACUCUGCUUUCCAACUGGUCUACCUUCAUAAAUUUUUUCAUACGAGACCUCCUUGCGGCAUCCGUGUUCUUUUCAAUUUGGAUUAUGUAAGCCGGACUCAAGAAACUAGGUUUUCCU